AGAGUAUGCAGAAGGUAUCCGGAGCUUACAGAUAUGCCGAAAGCUGAGAAAAGCUUACAACAGCUACGAGAAGCAGCGGAUGAGGUGUGGAACGAUUUUCUAAAUGAGCUUCUUCAGGAGCUGGCAGAGAGCAUGUGGCGCAGGUUGGCGGCAGUUAUCGCUGCGGAUGGGUGGUAUACCAAGUACUAA